UAGGUGUGGCUUUAUCGAUUUCUGUCAUAGAGACACGACGAUUUUCCAAGGAUCAAAAUUCGUUCCCCGUGGAGCUUUUUUGCUUAUUUAUCAGUUCCUUGUUUACGUUCUAUUUGAUAAGUUUGGCUCUCUUUCUACAUAACCUCAUUUUUUUCCAUCGCUAAUCUCUAGUCUAGUUAACGUGUCUUACUGAUGACGGUUUAGUUUCUGUUGGCUGCUGUGUUACCCGUGGUAAUUUUCAUCAUUUGCUCAACCUUAAACUGAACUCAUUACGAAAUGCAGAUCAGUUUGCUUGUAGUCUUGGAAUUGUUCAUUUUCACAUACCUGUUACAGGGGCCCUGUCAUAUUUUAUGUUGGUUUGCUCUUUAUUGAUUGCAUAGCCCUUUAUUUGUCGAUUUUCUGAAAAAAAUUCUUUGGGGGGUUUAUACUGAGCAAAAACAUGUUGAUUCUGAAACUGAGAUUACAAGCUCUUUAUUUGAUUUGUUUAUACAUUCAAUUGCUUGUGAUUUGUUGCACAAUGAUUCUACAGGUUUUAGGAUUGAAACUGAUAUAGAUUUGAUUGACAAUUCUGAAGUUUUUGAUUCAGUAUUAGUCUCUGAAACCAUUGGUAUAAAUGUUGUGUUGAAUGAACAUGAUUACAUUGAUGAAAUUUCCAUUGAUAAUAGCUUUGAACUGAAUGUGGAUUUUGUUGAUGAUGCAUAUGUCAAUAUUGAUUUUGAGACAGGAAUUUUGCAAUCGCAAAACAUGAUAGAGUUAGAACAAAACUUCGAUCUGACUCAGUUUUCUGAGAAUUGUGAAUGUGAUUGUGAAUGUGGUUCUUGCCCGAUUUGUAUUGAAAUUGAUUAUGUGUUACAAACAGAUUCUAAAUUCAUAACAGAUGCUAUUGAUUAUGAGUUUGAUGACCAGGUUAAAAAGUAAAUGAGAAUACAGGUACUGACAUAGAGGAAAUAAUGAUAGAUGAAGGAAAGUAUACUGCUAUUUCUCUUAUUACUCCGGUGUCACAGACUCAACAACUGCUGGUGGACAGAAGGCUCCUGAUUUUAUUGAUUCAACAACUUGCUCGGAGAAGAAGGAAGAAAAGUCUUGAUUUGAGUGAGAAGGCAGUACUGGGCGAGCUGCUCCUGAAGACAUCUUCGCCGGAUCCUGAGGUGGAAGAUAUCUCACUGAUGGUCCAGAAUUGACAACUGCCACCAUGACCAGGGAGCACUCUUUUUCCUCAUUAUCUACAUAUUAUUUAGCUUUUCUGGUGUGUUUUCAUGGUUGUAUUUAUUUCAUUUUAAUUUUUAAAUUGUGAGCAUGAAAUUAAAAAAAAAAAUAUAAUAAAAACAAAAACAUAAAUACAUAUUAGUGUCAGUUUGAGUUCGGACACUCGUAAUAAUAAUAAAAAAAAACAUAAAAAAAUUAAGUGUCCAUAUUACAGUCCUUAUUCAAAUUCUAGCCACACUCGGCCAACAAAAACAUAAAAAAAAAACUAAAAAUAUAAAACUUUAAAAUGGAAAGUGGUUACUGGGUGGCGAUCUUAAGGUAAGCUCCGUCGAGGGAGCUCUGGUACGGAAUGCAGGAGGCAUAAGUGGAGGGAUUUGUCGUUCAUCUCUUUCGUCGUCGAUGAUGAUCAGAAUGGGGAACAGAUCCAGCAGCCUCGGUGCCCUCAUAACUACUCAGUCAUAUUCUUUCAACAAAAAUUUGUAUGUCAAUAAUAGAAGAGGAAGAGAAAAAUUCAAUAAAAAUAGAGAUAUGAUCAGAGUUCUUACCAUACAUGUAUCGCGGCAGCAAAGAAAAAAUAGUGCCAGUGGGGUCUAUCUCCGCUUGCAUGCGCCUGACCCGAUUGCCAUGGUUGUUGAACCAGCAUUGCACGUUAUAUUCGCCGGCUUCUCCGAAAGUCCUUAGUCGAGACGCGAUCUCGAAGACUUGGGCUCUGCUUGGGUGGCGUCCUACUGAUGAUCAGAUUAAGAUGAUGACCAACAUAUACAAUUAUGGGGUCACACACCCAAGCAGAGCCCAAGUCUUCGAGAUCGCGUCUCGACUAAGGACUUUCGGAGAAGCCAGCGAAUAUAACGUGCAAUGCUGGUUCAACAACCAUGGCAAUCGGGUCAGGCGCAUGCAAGCGGAGAUAGACCCCACUGGCACUAUCUUUUCUUUGCUGCCGCGAUACAUGUAUGAAUAUGAUUGGGUAGUUAUGAGGGCACCGAGGCUGCUGGAUCUGUUCCCCAUUCCGAUCAUCAUCGACGACGAAAGAGAUGAACGACAAAUCCCUCCACCUAUGCCUCCUGCAUUCCGUACCAGAGCUCCCUCGACGGAGCUUACCUUAAGAUCGCCACCCAGUAACCACUUUUCAUUUUAAAGUUUUAUAUUUUUAGUUUUUUUUUUUUUUAUGUUUUUGUUGGCCGAGUGUGGCCAAAAUUUGAAUAAGGACUGUAAUAUGGACACUUAAUUUUUUUAUGUUUUUAAUUUUUUUAUGUUUUUUUUUAUUAUUACCAGUGUCCGAACUCAAACUGACACUAAUAUAUAUUUAUGUUUUUGUUUUUAUUAUGUUUUUUUUUUAAUUUCAUGCUCACAAUUUAAAAAUUAAAAUGAAAUAAAUACAACCAUGAAAACACACCAGAAAAGCUAAAUAAUAUGUAGAUAAUGAGGAAAAAGAGUGUUUCCUGGUCAUGGUGGCAGUUGUCAAUUCUGGACCAUCAGUGAGAUAUCUUCCACCUCAGGAUCCGGCGAAGAUGUCUUCAGGAACAGCUCGCCCAGUAGUGCCUUCUCAUUCAAAUCAAGACUUUUCUUCCUUCUUCUCCGAGCAAGUUGUUGAAUCAAUAAAAUCAGGAGUCCACCAGCAGUUGUUGAGUCAGUGACACCGGAGUAUUGGAAUUAGGUGUGGCUUUAUCGAUUUCUGUCAUAGAGACACGACGAUUUUCCAAGGAUCAAAAUUCGUUCCCCGUGGAGCUUUUUUGCUUAUUUAUCAGUUCCUUGUUUACGUUCUAUUUGAUAAGUUUGGCUCUCUUUCUACAUAACCUCAUUUUUUUUCAUCGCUAAUCUCUAGUCUAGUUAACGUGUCUUACUGAUGACGGUUUAGUUUCUGUUGGCUGCUGUGUUACCCGUGGUAAUUUUCAUCAUUUGCUCAACCUUAAACUGAACUCAUUACGAAAUGCAGAUCAGUUUGCUUGUAGUCUUGGAAUUGUUCAUUUUCACAUACCUGUUACAGGGGCCCUGUCAUAUUUUAUGUUGGUUUGCUCUUUAUUGAUUGCAUAGCCCUUUAUUUGUCGAUUUUCUGAAAAAAAUUCUUUGGGGGGUUUCUCUUGAUUCUUUAAGCUGAAAGAAAGUGGAAGUCUUCCUCAUCGUUGUUGAAUGUUGCUGGGAAUGAGGUAAAGCACACUGAAAUGGUAAAAGGGGUGAGGGGAUGGGUUUGGGAAGAAAGGUAUUAUAAUAUUAUAGGAAAGCGUAUUAAAAGGGAAUCCGAAAGAAGGGUGGGUGGUGAAUAUUAUAUGGGGAUAAAGUAUGUGUCCAUGCAAUGAUGAGCGGCGCAUGUCUGUCCUGAAUAUGUAAUCAGCUUUUGCUCCCUCUGGUAUUUAUGAUGUUUAUGUGAGGAGAGAAGAUGAAUGCAAUCAUGAAUGGUGGUUUGAGAAUAUCAUUUAUCUUUACUUUUUAAGUUUUUGGUGAUUUCCAGAUAUGAUUCUUGAUUUCUAUGGUCUGUGAUUAUUAGAAUGGGACUAAUUUUAUUCUUGAUGUAUAGUUGUUUCGGAGGUUGCUGCUUGUCAUGACGCGGUUCUAAAGUUUAUGCUUACUCUUUUGGAUGACAUGCACGAUGUCUCCCCCCACUGUAUAUUUGGCUGAUCAUUUUAACUCUGUACUCCCCAAUUUUGAUGAAUACUUUGUGUACUUCUAUUUAACCCCUGACUGUGUUCUUGGUAGGGGUUGGUAAAGAAAUACUGGUAUUGGCCUUUUGUAUGUGUGUGUUUUUGUAGAUGGUGAUUAACGUAAUAGUGCAGGAACUUGGAAGCCUUUGACUUGAGAUAUGGAUAUGAUUGAAAUGUGUUU